AACGAACUCUACGAGAACUCAAUCACCAAAAUCUCUCUAAACUCUCGAUUUGUUCAACACUUGUCUCGGAUUUGUGUUUUCGUCAAACAAUUAUCUCAUAUAUUAAGACCAUCGGUGGACACAAUCUGGUCAACCAUUGCAACCAACAUAUUCAGUGACAAUCACUCAACACAUUGACACCCCGUUUGGUCACCAAAGUGGUCGUACUCUUGAAAUAUUUGACAUUUCCUCUCAUUCCUAACCUCUUGUUUCUCAUGUCAUUCGCAAAUUGGCGACCAAUUGGUCCACUAAUUCAAGACAUUUAAUGUUGAAUGUAUGUGUUAAUCGAGAGCAACAUCGAUGAUAGCAUCCAAACAUAUGAUAGACUGUUUGGAAAGCAAACAACAACUGGAAUAUAGAGAAGGGAUUGCAAUGAAGUGAGGUUUGGGUGAAAAUGCCGUUUCGGUUACGACUUGGCAAACGGUCUCAACAAUACAAUGUGUCCAAUAAAGACCUGUUUGUCAUUCCCAUCGACACUCUGACCAAUGAAACAAUUGAAUGCACACUCUUCUCGACGAGCGUUGGGCGCGAAUGUCUGUCCAAUGUUUGUCAAAGACUUAACAUACAAUCGGACCACUUAUUUGGCCUUUUAUUUAAAUCAAAGCGUGGUUUUCACCAAUGGGUUGAUAUAUCGAAACCAUUGAAAAAACAAUUAGACAAAUAUGCAAUUGAGUCGCGACUAUAUCUUCGUCUACAAUAUUUUGUGCCUAAUUAUCACUUCUUAACUGAUGAAGUCUCAAGAUAUCAUUAUUUUUGUUCAAUGAAAUUGUUGGUUAUUGAGGGUCGUCUUGUAUGCAAUCGUGACGAAGCUAUACUUUUAGCCAGUUUUAGUCUUCAAGCAGAGUUUGGUGACUUUAAUCCUGAACGACAUGAUAUCCAAUAUCUGAAAAACUUUGCACUUUUCCCUCCAUCUAUGGUUACAAACAAUAGAGUGGCUCAAGAUUUGCUGUUAGAAAGUGUGAUUAAUGCGUAUCGUAAACUACAGGGUGUCCCCACAAGUCUUGCAGAAAUCUAUUACAUUUCAGAAGCACAACAAUUAGAUGGCAUAGCUCUUGAAGGCUUUCCUGUCAACGAUUCUGGACUGGAUGUCUGUCUUGGAGUUACUUUAAGAGGUAUUUUUGUUGUCGACAUCAAUGGAUCGAAAGAGAUUUUUAGUUGGAAUUGUAUCAAAAAUCUUGUCCACCAAAAAAAGGUGUUUACCAUUGAACGUAAUCCGGAUGGACUCCGAAAAAACUAUACAACAUUUGACAGUGACUUUGCUUCAUGUCUUUGGCGGACAUGUGUUGAACAGCACCAGUACUUUAUGAAGGGAUUGCGUAAUAGUGUUGAUACAGAUUCUCAACAAUCAGAUCAAAGCAAACAAGACUUGGUCUCCAGUAUUAACGUCAAUACAAACGGAACAAACAGUUUGAAUCGUAUCAGUUGUAAUACAGAUAUAUCAGUCAACACUGACAUAUCAAAUGCUACUGUUUUGCCACAGACUCUAUAUAUUGCAGAUCAAACAUUUAGUGAGAGUAUUAAUAAUAUCAAUACCAGUGUUGAUAGCUUUGACACUAACACACAGUACAAGACUAAUAGUUAUAGAGACCUGACUUCCACAGCGGUUACUCCACAAAUACAUAGCAGUUCCGAAACAAACAUAUUUGGUGCCCAUUCUUCAGCCGAUGCAACUGAUUUGCAUCAAAUUCAUGUCAGUUUUUCUGAUAGUAGUGAACAUGCAAUGAAUAAUCAAAGUGUUGUAUCAAGUAAUUCAAACAUAACCACAGUUCAGGUUCAUCACCAUCCAUCGUGGACUGAUCUAUCACACCAACAACUAAACAAUGUCACUGAACUCACAUAUGAACAAAGGCGUCAAUUAUUACCACCGUAUAUAUCACCACCUGAUUAUCAGACAUUCAUGAGUCAUAAAUAUGCCAAUUUAAAUAUGACUGUUGGACAGAGAUCUAGUCAUCCAAUGACAAACUAUGGCACAAAUGGAUAUAUUAUACCUUCAACAUCAACAUCGACUUCAUCAAUUAAACACAUGAUUGGACAACAUGGGACCACACAGUAUAGCAAUUUUAAUGAUUUAUCAAACUUAGAAUUGGAUCAAAUAGUAAAUAACAACAAGUGUGCCGUGAGAUCAUCAUUGCCGCCAACCAAUUAUUUUCCAUCACAACAACCUUUGAUAGCUUCUCCAUCACGUCUCCAUCAAUUAGCAUCUGGUGUUAUAACAUGUAGUACUCCUGAACUUAAUUCAUUGAGUAUUUUAAAUAACGAUAAAGUGAUAGAUAAUAAAUCAAUUCAACAUAACAAUCAAUUGUUAUAUUUUAUAAACAAUCAAAAGCUUCCGCCUCCCUAUUCAUUCAAUAGUGUUCCUGAUCUAAGUAUCCAACCCAUGGUUGCCUCACAAUUGAUUCAUAAUAUUAUAGAACCGUCGGUAACAGUAUCUCAAAAUCAAAACCGACGGCAAGUAACUGCUGGAUCAGAGCCUAAUAUUUCAAACAUACCAUUAAUGACAGCCUAUUCAACAAAUGUCAAACACGUUACGCACAUUAACUCAUCUACUAAUGUAAUGCAUUCAUCAGUCGAUAAGUUACUUCAAUCACAGGGUUUACAACAACAACAACAACACAAUAAUAACAUAUCACCCAAUGUUUCUCAACCAUCUAAUAAUCAUAUCAAACAAUUAUCUAAUUUACAAAAUAUUUACACUUUGUCUCAAAGACAACAACAUUCCGUAAUCAGUAAUAAUCACAAUAACACUCACAAUAAUAAUAAUAAUCAAAUUACACCCGUUUCCGGUGAAACGGUAACCCCGAGAGUUAUGUCACAACCAAUGCCAUCAAAUAUCUCUAAAAAUAAGUUAGAAAAUAGAAAUUCAAGUUCAAGUGAUAUCACUUCAACCAUAGGCUCGUAUUUGGUUAAGAAGAAUGAAACCAAAGUAGAGACAAAUAAUGAUAUCCAUAAAGAUCGCAGAGUUUUUGCUUUAGAAGAGAUGAUGAACGACCCGGACUUCAUUCGAGAAUUCGAUUUAUUACCGCGGAUGAACCCGACGGCUAAAUUUACAACUGCUUUAUUGCCCGAUAAUAUGUAUCGAAAUAGAUUUAGGGAUAUACUUCCCUAUGAAGAUAACAGGUUUGAAAUUUAUUUUUUAUCCGAAGAUGGCAUUCAAUCACAUCUCGAGUCACUUAUCAUACGUAUCGGAGAAUCGAGCUCGUCGUCCAUCGAGACUAACAUCGAUGAGCUGUCAAAUGUGAUGAUUGCCGACAUCGAGACCAAUGAAAGCUCUAAGACUAAGAUCACUCGUAUUUUGUGUGAAAGUAUUAUUAAUUAUCCGGAAAAGACAUGUAUUUAUUCAACACUUAUCGGACUAUUAAACGCCAAAAACUAUAACUAUGGCGGAGAGAUUAUUGAACAUCUGGUGAUGCAAUUUAAGGAUAAUCUGAAAGCUCUCAACUUUGAAUCGGCGCGACUAUUGGUCCGCUUUUUUGCUGAUCUGGUUAUGUGUCGAGUAAUAUCGUCGGCAUCUUUGAUGACAUUAUUUGAGAAUCUGGUGGAAGUCUCGAUGGAAGAUAACAUUCCUCAAUCACGAUCCGAUUACUUUGUUUAUGCAGUGAUGUCUGCCCUACCAUUUGUGGGACGAGAAUUGGUUGAGAAAAAGGAUCAGGACUUUGAACAGCUUCUCAACACAAUUGAUAAUUAUUUGAAUAAACGCCAUAAGACCCACCAUCACACAGCUCUAAGAGUAUGGUAUUCAGAUACUCCUCAUCCACAGGAAGAGUAUUUGGACUGUUUAUGGUCACAGAUAUCUAAACUACGCGGAGAUAAAUGGAUGGAAAGGCAUAUUUAUCGACCAUAUUUAGCAUUUGAUGGCAUACUUUCGGAAUCACUUCAACAUAAUUUGCCGUCAAUACAACCUCCACCUCAUGAACCAAAUUACAUAUAUCCCUAUCCAAAGGUUAUCUUUAGAUUAUUUGAUUACACCGAUUGUCCUGAAGGUCCUGUUCUUCCCGGUUCUCAUUCAAUUGAAAGAUAUCUAAUUGAAGAACAUUUGAAUUGGAUUAUUGACCGAAACUUUACUGACCGGAAGUUAUGUGCAACACAAUUACUUCAAUUUCCGAGUAGACAUAAGAUUCCUUUGGAGUAUAUGAUAAUAGAAGUGAUGUUUUCUCAGUUAUUUGCUUUACCUAAAAGCAAACAUCUCGAUAUAUUUUAUGGCUCAACAUUGUUGGAGUUGUCUAAACUACAACCGAGUACUUUCCCACAAGUGUUGGCACAAACGGUUGAGCUAUUGUUUGAACGACUCGAUACCAUGAACUGCAUGUGUGUCGAUAGGUUUGCCGUUUGGUUUGCGUACCAUUUAAGUAAUUUCCAAUUUAAGUGGAGUUGGGAUGACUGGAGCGUUGCCUUAACAAUGGAUCGGUUGCAUCCAAAACCCAAGUUUAUUCGCGAAACUUUAUUGCGUUGUUUACGGCUAUCAUUUCACGAACAAGUGGUCAAAAUAGUUCCCGAAACGUUUCAUGAGUUUGCUCCCGAAGAACCAAUUGCUAUAAAUAAGUACACUCAGGAAGGGUCAGAUUCUUUGCCUGGAACUACUGUUGCAACGGAGUUGCUCAAAAAGUUCAAAGAAAAGUGUACACCAGAUGAAGCUCUUGAAAUUCUUAAUGAAUUAACCAAUCCUUUGAUGGAAACGGAUGACGGUUUGGAUUUUUAAAAACUAAUCUAUUAUUUUAAUAAAUAUUUUCAAAAUAAUUUAGAGACAACUUGUAUUCCACUUAAAAUUGAUGUCUUUUUAACUGUAUUAUUGAAUUUGGCCUCAAAAUCACUAACGCAUACUUUCUCGGCUAUUACUAAAUAUCAACCGACUAUUGAAGGUCUUAAGACAUCAGAUGAGUCGCAGAUAUGUAUUUUGAGCACUAUUUUUGAAGUUUGGAAGAAACACCAACAGUUAUCAGCCAUUUUGGUUAACAAACUAUUGAGAGAUGGAAUCGUCGAUUGUUCCUCUGUUGCCAAUUGGCUCUUCUCUAAAGAUAAUGCAUCAGAAUUUAUGAAAUCAUAUGUUUGGGAGAUUUUGCACCAAACCAUCAAUAAAUCGAUAAAAGAUGUGGAAUCGCUUGAAAAAGAAUUGGAAGAAUCUAAAGGAAAACAAAACAUAAAAUUGGAAGAGUCGACCGAAGAAGAGACUGAUAAAAGUGAGACACCGACGGCUGAAAUGAUUGAACGAUUGGAAGAGCGCUUAGAGUCGGCCCAAUCGGAUCAGAAAAAUUUGUUUCUCAUUAUAUUUCAGCGCUUUAUUAUGCUUUUGUCGGAACACAUCCAGAAGUGUGAAUCACAGGGAAGUAGUUUUAAAACACAUUGGUUUCGAUGGACUCUCGGAAGAAUACAACAGGUCUUCUUUGAGCAUCACAAUCAUAUCUUCAAAUAUGUGUCUACAUUUGAGACACUCUUAUUCACUGCUGAUUUGGAUCAACACAUUCUUCUCAUUUUUAAACAAUUCUGUUCUUUCAGAAAUUAAUGGAAUUUAUGAUAACAUUAAACACUUAUAUUGUAUUCAAUA